GGCAAGAAUUUCCCGCGUCUCCAUCCCGCGUUUAAUGUCAUGUUCAUUGCUACUGACGCGGCCUAGCCUGCUCGACCGCUCUUCCGUCCCAACAGGAGAAAAAAAAACAUUAAUCAUCUUCUAGACUCCGGUCCACGAACCGUGGCAACAAUACUCCAAUACCACCUCACAUCACUCUUGCAUCCCAAUUUACCCCUCACCCCGGGCAAAAAGGAUGAGGAUACGAACCACAAAGACUUCCCUGUCGGCGCCUCUCCCCCGCAUGAUGAUCCAAGGAUCGUGUGUAGCAAUUAUAUCUGAUUCGCACGGCUGAUUUGGAGGUGUGUGCUACCCGCACCUCGGAGCUGGGAUGAACAACCAAAUCAACCCAAGGGUGCGGAGAGCUGUUCGGCGUAAUUCCAGAUGAGCUGCAUGCAGCUGCUGGUUGUCCGAUGGUCGGUAAGAUGACGAGAACUUCUGGAGGAUUUUUUUUUAUUUCUAUUUCUUCAAGAGUGGCGCCUUCUCCGGAAUUCAUAAACAAAAGUAGAUCCUUUUCCACGGUUCAGUCUUUCCAUCUGCCGUCACGCUAGUUGAAGUACAAGCUUCUGCCCUUGCUGCCUUCCCAAGAGAACCCGUUACUGUGCGCAAUCUGUGCACGAGAUCAAAACCAAUCUCAACUUUGAUUGGGACCCCAGGCUGCUUACCUCUUUGAGUUGUUUAGUUCUUGGCUUCUAUCUUCGCUCAGUCUAGGAUUGUCAUCAUCACCAACGCAAAGGGUUUAUAUAUCGACAUUUGAUUCUCUAGCAUAUCAUCAUAACCGUAUUUUCGGCAUCUGAUACGACUCGAUUCUUUGCGACGACACCGCCUGAAUCGACCAGGUCUCGACCCUCUUGGUGACCAGGCCACUAUAUAUACACCCUCCGAACACUUUUUUUCGAGAGUAUCAGUACACCACCUACGAGACCACUUCAUCUCUCUGCCAACAUGCCAGCCGCCGCCGGUGAUUCUGGCGGGUACGGCCUUGCGCUGGAGAGGCGUGAGGCCAUGAUGGGCGCCAGUGGCCCCAGGGCCAUCCUCAAGAACUUCAAGGUUUUCAGAGUUGCCCUCUUCGCCUGUAUUGGAGGUAUACUGUACGGAUACAAUCAGGGAAUGUUCUCUGGCGUGCUUGCCAUGCCUUCAUUUCAGAGACACAUGGGCGAAUGGGCUCCUUUAGACCCAGAGGCGGAUCAGGCAAAGAAAGGUUGGCUUACUGCCAUCCUAGAGCUUGGCGCAUGGAUCGGAACCCUUCUAUCGAGUUUUAUUGCCGAGAUUUUGUCUCGCAAGUACGGAAUCCUGGUUGCUUGCGCAGUAUUUAUGAUCGGAGUAGUCAUUCAGGCUUGUGCCGUUACUAUCGACGUCGACCUAGCCCACAAUGCCAUCCUUGCCGGUCGCUUCAUCACCGGAAUGGGUGUAGGAUCCUUGGCGAUGAUUAUCCCCAUAUACAACUCGGAAGUUGCUCCUCCUGAAGUCCGUGGCGCUUUGGUUGCUUUGCAGCAGCUGUCUAUUUGCUUUGGCAUUAUGAUUAGCUUUUGGAUUGACUACGGAACAAACUUCAUUGGUGGCACGACCGUCGAGACACAGCUAGAUGCGGCCUGGCUCACACCGACAACUCUGCAACUCUUCCCUGCGCUGGUCCUCUUUAUUGGAAUGAUAUUCAUGCCUUUCAGCCCCCGUUGGCUCAUUCACCAUGACCGCGAGGAGGAUGGCAUCCGAGUUUUGGCAAACCUUCGUGGGCUUCCCUCUGACAAUGAGCUGAUCCAGCUGGAGUUCCUUGAGAUCAAGGCGCAGUCAUUGUUUGAGAAGCGAAGCGUCGCCGAGCAGUUCCCCCAGCUCUCGAACCCGACCGCGUGGAACACUUUCAAGCUUCAGUUUGUUGCGAUUGGCAGGCUCUUUCAAACACGAUCGAUGUGGAAGCGCAUUAUCGUUGCAACCGUCACCAUGUUCUUCCAGCAGUGGACAGGCAUCAACGCAGUUCUCUACUACGCGCCAAGUAUUUUCAAGCAGUUGGGUCUUAGUAACAACGAAAUUUCACUGCUGGCCACUGGCGUCGUCGGCGUGGUCAUGUUCAUUGCAACCAUCCCUGCCGUUCUUUGGAUCGACAGGGCCGGAAGAAAGCCCGUUCUCACGAUCGGUGCCCUUGGAAUGUCCUUCUGCCACUUUGUCAUUGCUAUUAUCUUGGCCAAGAACAUCGACAGAUUUGAUGAGCAGAAGGCUGCCGGUUGGGCUGCAUGUGCCAUGGUCUGGCUGUUUGUGAUUCACUUUGGUUACUCUUGGGGCCCAUGCGCCUGGAUCAUCAUCGCCGAGAUUUGGCCCAUGAGCGUCCGCCCGUACGGUGUAGCUCUCGGUGCUUCCAGCAACUGGAUGAACAACUUCAUUGUCGGCCAAGUCACACCGAUAAUGUUGCAGAAGAUUACAUACGGAACUUACCUGCUGUUCGCCAUUCUGACCCUCAUGGGCGCCUGCUUCAUCUACUUCUUUGUCCCUGAGACGAAGAGGCUGACCUUGGAAGAGAUGGACCUUGUCUUUGGCUCGAGCGGAACGACUCAGGCAGACCUUGAGCGCCAGAGAGAAAUCAACAUCGAGGUUGGUCUUGACCGGGCUGCUGGGGCUCUAGGCACUUCAGAGAGGCCUCACAGUCUGAGUGACGAGAAGGAAAAGCAAAAGACCGACGCUGUGGUCUGAAGGAUUUCAAAAUGGGAAACGUUCUCUUCGUCUAUGCUAUUUCUUGCUUGACAGGCUAGAGCUAAAUGAGUUUCGACGUCUACUUUUGGUUUGAUUAGUCCCACCGAAGCCAAAAAGAAAACUUGACGAUUAUUCUUUUUCACUUCAAAGUAUUAGACCACUGUUUUUGUGGUAUUCUUUUUUUCUUGCUACUGUUUUGCCCCUGUUGAGCCUACCAAUACCCCUUACUUCUUUUCUAUCGAAUUCUUGAUUCCUUUCUUGUCUUCCGUUAUUUUGACGGCUACAUUGGCGAUCG